GACACUAAGCGCAUGCGUGCACGGCGGGGUCACGUUGUGCAAUCGGACCAAUCAGCGGAGCUUUCCAAACAGAGAUUUGUAAGAUGGCGACCGCCGAACCGGAAAACAGUCCAAGUUCCCCCCCUCCUGAAGAAGAUGGAUCUGAGGAGGUGGGGCAGGAGCUGGUGAGCCCCGAGGCGUAUGUCAAACACCCCCUUCAAAACAGAUGGUCUCUCUGGUUCUACAAGAACGAUAAGAGCAAAACAUGGCAGGCCAAUCUGCGGCUCAUCUCCAAGUUUGACACGGUUGAAGAUUUCUGGGCCCUUUACAACCAUAUCCAGGUGUCAAGCAACCUGAUAUCAGGUUGUGAUUACUCCCUUUUUAAGGACGGCAUUGAACCUAUGUGGGAGGAUGAGAGGAACAAGCGUGGCGGCCGCUGGCUGAUCACACUCAACAAGCAGCUGAGAAGAUCAGACCUGGAUCGCUUCUGGCUGGAAACUCUCCUGUGCUUAGUUGGCGAAGCGUUCGAUGACUACAGCGACGAUGUUUGUGGAGCCGUGGUCAACGUUCGCAACAAAGGAGAUAAAAUAGCUGUCUGGACAUCAAACUACGAGAACAGGGAGGCUGUAACUCAUAUAGGGAGGGUUUACAAGGAGCGCCUGGGACUUCCCAUGAACAUGACGAUCGGCUACCAGUCUCACGCAGACACCGCCACCAAAAGCGGCUCAACCACAAAGAACAAAUUUGUUGUUUGAGACAUGCUCUUUGUGCCUCGUUUCAUUUUCUUGUCUUAUUUGUUGUUGGCGCAUACAUUUCCUUUGCUGCAGAGUUGGCUGGAUGCAAUCUGGAGGAAAGAGAAUAGAUAAAAGAUUAAAUGUCACUAUUUCCUACACCAAACCUGUAUAAACAAAUGGGAAGAAUACACAAGAAAUAGAUCAAAUAAAUUUUUCAUGACACUAACAGUAACAACUUUUGAUUUUUGGAUUACAUUUAGCGCUGAAAAGUCAAAUUUAUGUUGUUUUAUUUUUUUUAAUGGGAGAAAAACUCUUAAUGCAAAGCCUUUAUUUGUACGGGACUUUUUGCUGUACUUUUUUUUUUUUUUCAUAACCGGACACAUUUAAUUUAUUAUAAUUUCCCACCAUUAUUUCACAUUUGCAACUUUGGUAUAUGCCUUUUUUUUGCCUUGAACUGUUACGUGUAAUCCUUCUUUGUAAAGUAUUUUAUGACUUUUAUUCAUUUGGGUGUUAAUAUAAUUAAAACACAGGUUUUGCAAUUGUUA